GACUGUCCCUGAUUUCUCUGCCUUUUUAGGUUCCUCGCUGUCCUGUAUGCAAUGUGGAACUACAAGAGCCACUUCAUGCACCAGCCCCAGCUUUGCUUGUCUUCCCGGCUCUGCCUGUUUAGUUACAUACACCUCGUUUGAAGUAGGAGGCUACCCCUGGGCGCUGUACACCCUGACCUGCGGCCUUCAGAAGAUGUGCGGGAUAACUGGCACUGGCAGCCUUCCUGAUAAUGGGAGGGUAAGAAUGGCUACUUCCUGCUGCACCACCGACAACUGCGUCCCGGAUUUACCUACCUUGCCAGAGGUCAGCUCGGUGUGGAAUGGUUUGCUGUGCCCAUCCUGCGUGGAUGACAAAUCCACCUCGUGCACUGCUUCUAAGACCAUGCAAUGCAAAGGCAAUGAGACCAUGUGCGCUACCCAGACUAUGAAAGUCUCAGCCUUAUCAGUGUCAACAUCUUGUCGUGGCUGUGCCACAAAAUCCAUCUGUGACGUGUUCGGCGGUUCUUCUGAUGGGGUGUCUGAUGGAUUUUCCUAUACCUGCACUAGUGGAAACAUAAGUCUCAAAAAAAAAGCUUCU